AUGGGCGGGGGGCUCACCACCACGCAGCCUACCAGCCCCGCCACCCAGGCCAUCGCCGACCAGGUCAGGGCCCAGCUGGAGGAGAAGGAGAACCGGAAAUUCAGCACCUUUAAGGCCGUGGAGUACAAGUCCCAAGUGGUGGCUGGAAGGAGCUACUUCAUCAAGGUUCGGGUGGACGAGGACGAGUUCGCACAUCUCCACGUGUUCCAGAGCCUCCCACAGGAGAACAAGCCCUUGGUCCUGGCCAAUUCCCAGAUGAGCAAAGCCCGGCACAAGGAGUUGACCUACUUCUAG